AGAAAGAAAGUUCUUAGAAAGAAGGAAGAAAGCAAAAGGCAACGCUACCUCCUUCUUUGUUGAAUGUUCGAAUUGAAAGUUGAAAGUUGAAAGUCUCUCUCUCUCUCUCUGUUUCGUAUUCUCAGUACAAUUUGCAAAAUCGAUAAUCCAAAUUGAAAGCUGCAAAGUCGUUGAUCGCAUAGAGACAGCCACAGGCAUGGGUCAAGCUUUUCGGAAGCUCUUUGACACCUUCUUCGGCAACUCUGAGAUGCGGGUUGUGAUGCUUGGUCUUGAUGCUGCUGGCAAAACAACCAUACUGUACAAGCUUCACAUUGGAGAAGUUUUAUCUACUGUUCCUACAAUUGGUUUCAAUGUGGAGAAAGUUCAAUAUAAGAAUGUUAUUUUCACAGUUUGGGAUGUUGGAGGUCAAGAGAAAUUAAGGCCACUUUGGAGGCACUAUUUUAACAACACAGAUGGUCUGAUUUAUGUUGUUGAUAGCCUGGACCGUGAGAGAAUUGGUCAAGCAAAGCAGGAAUUUCAGGCAAUCAUAAAUGACCCAUUUAUGCUCAAUAGUGUCAUCUUGGUGUUUGCCAACAAACAGGAUCUGAGAGGGGCAAUGACGCCAAUGGAAGUAUGCGAAGGACUAGGUCUCUUUGAACUAAGGAAUAGAAAAUGGCACAUGCAAGGCACUUGUGCACUUAAGGGAGAAGGCCUUUAUGAGGGCUUGGACUGGUUGGCUUCAACUCUGAAGGAGAGAAAAGCUGCUGGAUAUUCUUCAAUAGGAAACUCAUCCUUCUAAUUGUCCAGGUAUUUUGGCCUUUGUCAUUGACGAAUGUGUAGGGUUUGGCCAGUUUCAUUCAAGGAUGAUGUAGAAUUGUAAUCAAUUUUUUUGGGUUUCAUUAGGCUACGUCUAAAGCUGAUGACGUAUAUAGAUGCUUUGACUUUCAGGGUACUUAGAUAUGUGAUGUGAAUUUAAUUCGAUGUACAGAAGUUUGAGCAUGACGAAUGAAAACUAACUAGAGGCUCAAGAAAUUUAUUGGUAUAUUAUUGAUGCCCUGUAUUACGUGCAUGACUACCUUAUAGGUGGUGGUGGAUACUGGAUCGUUGGUUCAUUUUCCCUUGGAUUUUCCCCAUCCUUCUC